CUUAUAGUUUUAUUUUAUUCCAACUCUCGCAGAGAUCCCAUCUUGCAUAUAUCAACUCAGUUUGUGCUGUUUAGGGUUCGAACCAUAAAUAAGAAGCUUGCCCAUCCUCUCGGUUCGUCUCAUAAUUCAUUGUUGCUCACUAGGACUCCUUCUCUCACUUUACCCAGCUUUAAGUGUUUCUGGGUUCCUUCUAAACAGAGUCAAACUCCAGAAAAAAUAUAGCUUGAGAUGCUUCUGCAACAAAAGAUGGAUGAAGCAGAAAUUUCAAGUGGUUUUUCUCAUCAGAACCCAACUGAUCAUCUUGAAUCCAGUAAUAAUAUUGUUCCUCCAGUUUUGAAGAGGAAGAGAAACCUUCCAGGAAAUCCAGAUCCUGAAGCAGAGGUCAUAGCCUUGUCGCCGAAGACACUGAUGGCCACCAACAGAUUCUUGUGUGAAAUAUGUGGGAAGGGUUUCCAAAGGGAUCAAAAUCUUCAGCUCCAUCGAAGAGGACACAAUCUUCCAUGGAAGCUGAAGCAGAGGACAAGCAAAGAACCGAAGAAGAGAGUGUAUGUGUGCCCUGAAAAGACUUGUGUCCACCACGACCCUUCAAGGGCUCUGGGAGACUUAACAGGGAUAAAGAAGCACUUUUGCAGAAAGCACGGAGAGAAGAAAUGGAAGUGCGAGAAGUGUUCAAAGCGAUACGCUGUCCAGUCAGACUGGAAAGCCCACUCUAAGACCUGUGGCACCAGAGAAUACAAAUGUGAUUGUGGGACUGUCUUUUCACGGAGAGACAGUUUCAUAACCCACAGGGCAUUCUGCGAUGCCUUAGCAGAAGAGACGGCAAGAGUGAAUGCAGCAUCUACAGUGAAUAACUCCUUUCUGGGUUACAACAUCAUGGAAAAUUCCCAAGGGCCUGCCAUAAGCAUGACCACACAUUUUCCUUCCAUUUUCAAGCCAAUUUCAAACACUGGUGUUGAAACAAACCAUCAAGCACCUGGGGGACUAUCCCUGUGGAUGGGUCCAGCUCAAACGCAAGGUCCUCGAGCUCAUGACACAAUGGCCAAUACUUUGAACAAUAAUAACAGUAACAUGUUUGAGAUUCAUCACCAUCAACUUGGGUCAGUCACAUCAGGAUCAAUACUAUACGGGAACAACCCGCUUGUUUCGUGCUCAAAUCCUCGGCUGAAUUGGGUGUUUGGCGGUAAUAAUAAGAACGGUAGUCGUCAUCAUCAAGACCAGCUGAUCAGUGUUCCUUCCUUGUACAGCUCCCAACAUCAGCAAUGCCAUCAAACAUCCUCGGCAAACAUGUCUGCCACAGCUUUGUUGCAGAAAGCUGCUCAAAUCGGGGCAACCUCAACCGACAGAUCAUUCCUGGGAACCUUAGGGUUGAAAUGCAGCAACAGUCACGGACAGGAAGGGAACAAAUUUUGUGGGAUCUAUGGUUCAGGUUCAGUACUCGUAUCUAGCCUGGAAAGCGAGACAGAGAACCCAGCAAAACGCAGGAAUAUACAGCAGAAAGAAGAGAACAAUAAUGGAGGAGAGCAAACUAGGGAUUUUCUGGGUGUGGGUAUAGAAUCCAUUUGCCAUGCCGCUCCAAUCAACGGAUGGAUUUGA